CCGGCAGCCACAGGAGCCAAUCAGUCGUUGCAGUGUCUGAGAGAUGGACGAGAUGGAGCGAGGGGAGGGUAUCAGGCCUCAGAAGAACCUUGGGAUGGACGAAGAGGGAGUGCGGCAGCCCUCCGGGCCACCCACGAGGAAGAAAUUCUUCAUACCGCUGGGCGAAGAUGAGGCCCCUCCUGCAGGGGUCAAGCCCUUAUUCAAAUCCACCCGGAGCCUGCCCACCGUGGAGGCCUCACCUCAGGCAGCCCCUCAGACGUAUGCGGAGUAUGCCAUCUCGGGACCUCCAGGAGGGGUUGGAGCUCCACACCACAGGGGGCCAGAGCCCCUGGCAGGAGAGACCCCCAAUCAGGCCCCCAAACCGGGGGCGAAAUCCAGCAGCAUCAUUGUGAGCCCCCGCCAGAGAGGCAACCCCGUGCUGAAGUUUGUGCGUAACGUGCCCUGGGAGUUUGGUGACGUGCUUCCCGACUACGUGCUGGGCCAGAGCACCUGUGCCCUGUUCCUCAGUCGAGUGGAAGGUUCUUGGCAUCCUAACCUACUGUGUUUUCAAGACUAUAAUCCCUUGCUUUCUACCAGAUUUCUCAUUCUGAUUUUCUUUUCCAUCCAGAAAGAUCCUCAGCAGGCCCUCAAGGAGCUGGCCAAGAUGUGCAUCCUGGCUGACUGCACCCUGGUCCUUGCCUGGAGCCCUGAGGAGGCCGGGCGGUACCUGGAGACCUACAAGGCCUAUGAGCAGAAGCCGGCGGACCUCCUGAUGGAGAAGCUGGAGCAGGACUUCGUCUCCCGGGUGACUGAAUGCCUGACCACAGUGAAGUCAGUCAGUAAAACAGACAGCCAGACCCUUCUGACUACUUUUGGGUCUCUGGAACAGCUUGUGGCCGCAUCGCGGGAAGAUCUGGCUUUGUGCCCGGGCCUGGGACCCCAGAAGGCCCGGAGGCUGUUUGAUGUCCUACACGAGCCCUUCUUGAAAGUGCCCCGAUGACCGAUGACCGCAGCUGUGAAGAAGGCCCUCGGUGUAAUAAUAAAGCCGUUUUCUG